CUCCAACAAAAGUUAAUUCGCCAGGCAAAAAGUGGUAUCCUUAUCUAAACACACCAUUCAUUGCCUUUGGCAACCUCCCUUACCCAAGGCAAAAUUGGAAGAUUCGGAUACGCUUCACCAUUUUUCGACCUUUCAUUUUCAAUUUUUUUUUUCUGUUGCUAAAAGAGUCAAUCAUGGCGGCUGUGACUCCCAAGACCAUAUACGUCGACGAAGACGUGGGCCGCGACGCCGACAACGUGGCCGGUACUCAAGAAGAUCCUUACAAGACCCUUUUGCACGCCUACGCUCGACAUGUCAUCUCUCCGGAGGGCAUUUCAUAUGCUACCCGCAAAUCGGCAACCGGCGAUGGAGAUGACAAGCUGGACUGGAAGCCUGCAGCCAAGUCAGCUCUGAAGAAGGUGGCCAACCUCUACGAACAACAACGGAAAAAGGCCGCUCGGGAACAGGAGCUGCAGGCUGCCCGCGAGAAGGAGAAUGAGAAGCGUAAGCUGGCUUUGGAGGAAGCCAAGAAAGUCAUCAUUACCGAAGACAGCAGUUUACCAAAAGCCGUCAAGAUCAAGCUCGAUGAGAAAGACCCCCAGGUAGUCAAGCUGCGGCCCGCCUCGAAGGAGUCUGAUGAGAAGGGAACUCGGGUGCGCGUACUUGGACGUGUUCACCGUCUGCGGUCCCAAAAAGAUGUUAUCUUUGUUACGCUCUACGAUGGCUAUGGCUUCCUCCAAUGCGUUCUGACUGGAACACUCACGAAGACGUUCGAUGCCUUGACCUUGACCCAGGAGACCUCCAUGGAUAUCCGCGGCGAGAUGUGUGAAGUUCCCCCUAAGCAGCACGCUCCGGACAACCGCGAAUUGCAUGCCGAUUACUUUGAGGUUAUUGGCAAAGCCGCUGGCGCGGAAGAAGCCAUUACCACUCGCGUUGCCCCCGACGCCGAUCCCCAGACUUUCCUGGAUAACCGUCACCUCGUUAUCCGUGGUGAGACCGCUUCAUCAGUCUUGAAGGUUCGCGCGGCCGUACUCCGCGCUUUCCGCCAGGCCUACGUGGAGACCCGACUUACUGAGGUCUCUCCUCCAUGUAUGGUGCAGACCCAAGUCGAGGGUGGAGCAACCCUCUUCAGCUUCGACUACUACGGCGAGCAAGCCUACCUCACGCAAUCAUCUCAGCUCUACCUUGAGACCUGCUUGCCCUCCCUCGGAGAUGUUUUCUGUGUUGCUCCCUCUUUCCGCGCCGAGAAGUCGUUGACCAGACGCCACUUGUCCGAAUACACCCACAUUGAAGCUGAGCUCGAUUUCAUCACGUUUGACGACCUCCUCAAUCACCUUGAGACCGUCAUGUGCCGUGUCAUUGAUCUCGUGCUCGCCGAUCCCGAGGCUGCCAAAGCUAUUCAACAUCUCAACCCCGACUUCCGCGCCCCGCAGCGGCCAUUCCUGCGUAUGAGGUACUCUGACGCAAUCGACUGGUUGCGCGAACACGAUAUUCCCAACGAGGAGGGCGAGCCUCACAAAUUUGGCGAUGACAUUGCUGAAGCAGCCGAGAGAAAAAUGACCGACAUCAUCAACCGGCCAAUCUUCCUGACCCAUUUCCCUGUCGAGAUCAAGGCGUUCUACAUGCAAAAGGAGCGGGCUGACCCUCGCGUAACCGAGAGUGUCGACUGCUUGAUGCCUGGCGUCGGCGAGAUUGUCGGUGGCAGCAUGAGAAUCUGGGACUACGAAGAGCUUCUCCAAGCGUACAAGCGCGAGGGUAUCGAUCCUGCCUCAUACUACUGGUACAUUGACCAGAGAAAAUAUGGUACGUCCCCUCAUGGCGGUUACGGUCUCGGUCUGGAGCGUUUCCUCGCCUGGCUCUGCAACAGAUGGACUGUUAGGGAAUGCUGCUUGUAUCCCCGAUUCGCUGGCCGCUGCAAGCCUUAAUUCUCUUCAUUCAACGCCAAAAGAACCUUGAACCAAAUAUUUCCAUCACUCUCAUAUUACACCAUUUCACGUGGCUUAGACACAGCUCAACGCUAUAGAUUUAGAAAUAUACCGAAUGAGCUUACGAAUUCAAUGCAUUGUUCCACUUGCUUUUCUAAUGACACUUCGUUACUUGAAGUAGCUCAACCUCGUUUUGAAUCUACCGCCCAGACACGCGAGAAAACACGCACGAAGCUUUUCGCGCAUCUUUGGCAUUCUUUAAUGGUAUUCGUAGAUGUAGCUUACUACUCCUGCCUGGAU